GUCACCCGUCCGUCAGAUCAAAACACAAACGGAAAAAGGCUAAAUAGCACAAGUCAUUACGUGCACUGCCGCGAUCGAAGCAACCGAAUUUAUCGUUAAGCCACCACUUUUAUCGACCUAGAAACCGUCACCAUUGCAGCACCCACCAUCAUCAUCGCUUUCAACUGUCAAAUUCGCUCCCGAGCAGCAAACUGCAGCGCCUACUGAGCAACAAGAUGAAGCCGACCGGCGAAGUGCUGGCCGCCCUGCGAACGUUGAUGCGGAACCUCCCGAACAAUCUCGGAUCGAUCAACGCUUACAUCAUUCCCUCGGACGAUGCCCACCAAAGUGAGUAUCUGGCCAAGCGAGACGAACGUCGUGUCUUCAUAUCCGGAUUCGACGGCAGUGCUGGAACCGCCGUGGUCACCGAGAAGGAAGCCCUCCUGUGGACCGACGGACGCUACUACCAGCAAGCCGGCAAACAACUGGACAAAAACUGGACCCUCAUGAAGGAUGGCCAACCGGCGACGCCUACCAUCGAUGCGUUCCUCGCGAAGGUUCUCGAACCGGGAUCAAAGGUUGGAGUUGACGCCAAUCUCAUCUCCACUCGAGCCUGGAACCCCCUGCAUAUCUCCCUGAAGUCCGCCGGUUGCUCCCUCCUUCCCAUUUCACCGAACCUGAUCGAUCUGGUGUGGAAGGAUCAACCUGCUGCACCGGAAAACCCCAUUAUUCCCCUGAACGUGGACUUCACCGGUCAAACCGUUGCCCAAAAGCUGGCUGCUGUUCGCGAAAAGAUGACCGACAAACGAGCUUCCGUACUGGUGGUCAGUGCUCUGGACGAGAUUGCCUGGUUCCUCAAUCUCCGCGGAUCGGAUAUUGACUACAACCCCGUUUUCUUUUCGUACGUAUUGGUCACCCUGGACGAUCUGUUCUUCUUCAUCGACGAGAGCAAACUCUCCGGCGCCAUUCACGAUCACUUCCGAACGAACGAAGUUCAACCGAAGAUUCGUCCCUACGGAGAUGUCCACCAAGUGCUGAAGUCUCUUGCCGAGUCCUCAUCCCAUCGGGUUUGGAUCAGCUUGGGUUCCAGCUACGCCUUGACGGCCUUAAUCCCGGAGGAGAAACGGCUGCACGAAAUAACACCGAUCAACCUGAUGAAGGCCGUCAAGAACGACGUGGAAGCUAAGGGUAUGCGCGAAUGUCACGUCCGGGAUGGAGUGGCUCUGUGUCAGUACUUUGCCUGGCUGGAGCGAUCCAUCAAGGAGGGUAAAUCGGUUGACGAGAUCAGUGGAGCUGAUCAGCUGGAACAGCUCCGCAGCAAGCAGGAAAAGUACAUGGGCUUGAGCUUCACGACCAUCAGUGCCUCGGGACCGAACGGUUCGGUAAUCCAUUACCAUCCCCUGCCGGAUACGAACCGACCGAUUUCCAACAAGGAAAUGUACCUGUGCGACUCGGGAGCGCAGUUUUUGGACGGCACGACGGACGUAACCAGAACUAUGCAUUUCGGAACUCCUACCGAGCAGGAGAUUACAGCAUUUACCCAUGUGCUCAAGGGCCAGAUUGCGCUGGGAACGGCCGUCUUCCCCCGGAAGGUCAAGGGACAAUUUCUGGAUACGAUCGCACGCAAAGCGCUGUGGGAUGCCGGACUGGACUACGGGCACGGGACCGGGCAUGGUAUCGGGCACUUUUUAAACGUACAUGAGGGACCGAUGGGAAUCGGCAUCCGUCUGAUGCCCGAUGAUCCCGGCCUAGAGGAAAAUAUGUUCCUUUCCAAUGAACCCGGCUACUACAAGGAGGGAAAAUUCGGCAUCCGCAUUGAGGACAUCGUCCAGGUGGUGUCCACCAACAUCGGCGAUAACUUCGACGGCCGUGGUGCGCUGACGUUCCACACGGUGACAAUGUGUCCGAUUCAAACGAAGCUGAUCGAUGUUAAGCUGCUGACUGAGAAGGAACGUGGCAGUAUAAACAAGUACCACAAAACGGUAUGGGAAACGCUCGCACCGCUGCUGAAGAAGGCCGGCGACGCCGAAACGUUGGCCUGGUUGGAGCGGGAAACACAACCGAUUUGAUCGCGGUAGGCUGCGAUUUGUUUUGCAUUCAGUGUUAGAGAAACGUAUUCUAGAUGCAUAUUUGAUGAAUAAAUUUAUACCAAUAU